AUGCCGGAGGUCUCAGUGAACGUGCGGUGUUCCAACGGAGAGAAGUUCACCACAGAGGUGGACACGGAGGCGACUGUCCUCGCUUUCAAGCAGAAGAUCUCCGAAAAGGCGGGGGUAGCGCCGGAGCUGCAGAGGCUCAUCUACAAGGGCCGCGUCAUGAAGGAGGACCAGGACACCCUCGCCAGCUACACCGUGGAGGCAGACAGCACGGUGCACCUCGUUCGAUCCCAGGCGCGAGCGGCCCCGUCGAUGCCGGCGGCGGGGGGCGCCGCAGGGACGAACCCCUCCCCGUCCGCGACGAACCCAUUCGGCGGAACCCCUCCAGGGGGGGCCGGGGGUGGGGGCGCGAACCCGUUCGCCGAGAUGAUGGGGAGCAUGGGCGGGGGCGGGAUGGACAUUAACCGGAUGCAGCAGCAGCUGAUGUCGAACCCGGAGAUGAUGGCGAACAUCAUGAACUCGCCGAUGAUGGAGAGCCUGCUCAACAACCCGGACAUGCUGCGCAACAUCAUGUUCAGCAACCCGCAGAUGCAGCAGGUGAUGCAAAACAACCCCCAGCUGGCGCAGGUGCUUAACGACCCUGCGACGAUGCGGCAAUACCUCGACAUGGCUCGCAACCCAGAGGCGAUGAACCAGGCCCGACGAAGCCAGGACCUGAUGAUGAGCCAGAUCGAGAACCAGCCGGGCGGUUUCAACGCCCUUCGCAGGCUGUACACGGAGGUCCAAGAACCCAUGAUGCAGGCGAGCGAGGGCAUGGUGGGCAACGACAACGCGGGGACGGCGGGGGCGAACAACAACAACGCCGGGACGCCCGCCGCGAACCCCUCGGCAGGCCCCAACACUUCCGCGCUACCGAACCCGUGGGCUGCAGCUGGCACACCAGCCGCGGCACCAACCGGCGGCACCAAUGCCCCUGCCCAAACUCCAGGCGCCAACCCAUGGGCGGCCCUCCGCCAGGGAAUGGGAGCAGCAGGGGGUGGUAUGCCCGGAAUGCCGGGUGGUGGGCAGAUGGAUCCGGCCAUGAUGCAGCAGAUGAUGAACAACCCAAUGGUGCAGCAGAUGGUGUCCCAGAUGGCUGACGACCCUGCCAUCAUGGAGACGAUGAUAGCGCAGAACCCCCAGCUCCAGCAGGCGCUGCAGGCGAACCCCGCCCUGCGCGGACAGCUGCCGCAGUUCAUGCGCCGGAUGGCCGACCCGCAGAACGUCCAGGCCCUGGCCCAGAUGCAGCAGUGGAUGGAGCAGCUGCAAAGAGCAGGGGUGCUCCCCCCCGGCAUGAUGCCCGGGCCCCCCGGCGCCGGGGGGGGUGGGGCGGAUUUUGGCCCGGGAUUGGCUGGGUUGAGCAACUUUGGGACCUUUAACUUGGGGGGAGGAACUCCUCCAGCAGCAGGCGGUCUCGACUUCUCCACCUUGCUGGGAGGCGCGGGUGCGGCAAAUAACCCUUGGGCAGCCGCACCACCAGCGUCGUCGUCGUCGUCUCCCUCCUCGAACACGACGACGCCAAGCGCAACAGCAGCAACCCCCCCCCCUUCCGCGUCCACGGCGCCCCCGGUGGCGAACCCCGAGGAGACGUACGCGGCGCAGCUAACCCAGAUGAACGACAUGGGCUUCACGGACAGGGCCGCCUGCGUGCGGGCGCUUGUGGCCUCACAGGGGAACGUUAACAUGGCUGUCGAGCGCAUGUUGGGCGGAGGCGUUUGA